CGAGGAACCGCAGUCAGUGCCGAGAAAAGUCGAGUCAUUGCCCCCUGCAACUUCCGCACCCAGAAUAUCAAGAAAGCGCAGCUUCAGUGAGAGUGUUGACGCGGAGGCGGACGCUCGUCGGAAUGCGCGACAACAUCAUUCGGCAGCCCCCCGCGACCGGGAACGAAGAGACCUGAAUGGUAUAUCGUUACCUCGGCCGGCUCCCAAGGAUCGAUCCGUCUCUCCGAUUCGAUCUCACAAGCGAACGGCGUCUGGCCCUCAGCUCGGUAGCGACCUGCACCUGCAUAGGAAGAGAAAGGCCCAUACCCCGCUCAUCCCAGGGGUCCAAAGGCAGAGUUCCGAAGAUAGAGCAUCCGUGUCCUCUUCUGCCAGUGGAUCCCCGUUACCAAGUGCCUAUGUGCGGAAGGUUGCGUCUGUGGAUGGUGCAUCGGCGUCUCCCGCCAGGCCGAUGGGCCACAAGAAGCAGCGGGAUCAGAACGGUCGAACGCGUCUUGCACGGGCCUGUGCUGCCCAGGAACUGGAGGUGGCAAGACUUCGACAUAACGAACGUCCCGAGGAUCUCAAUGUUGCCGACAAUGCGGGCAAUACGCCACUGCAAAUCGCCUCUCUGGAAGGAUGCGCCUCUAUUGUCAAGUUUUUGCUCGAGGCUGGCUGUGAUUACGAGACCAGGAAUAUCGACAGGGAUACCCCGCUGAUAGAUGCCGUCGAGAAUGGCCAUCUUGAUGUUGUGAAGCUGUUACUGGAGGCAGGAGCCAACCCUCGUGCAGUAAAUGCUGAAGGCGAUGAGCCAAGCGACCUGAUUCCUUCGGAUUCAGAGGACUUUGACGAAAUCCGGCGAGUUAUCGAGGAGGCAAAGGCCAACCCACGCCCGAACCGUCGCUCAGAGGAGCAAACGAGCGCUGGAAGUAAGGAAGCGCCUUCACGCCGGAUUGCGGCUGCCAGUCCACGCGAAUCACCCCCCGUGAGUGGGCAGCGAAGUCCGCCUUUUUCAAGCACCACGAGCAAACGAAAAAGCGUCAGAAGCGAAGCCACUCGAAAUGACCUCUUGUGGACCAAGGCUACCCCGGAGAACCUACAAGCAUUCGCUGCCAAGGGUGACAUUGCCGGGGUUGCUAAUAUCCUCAAUGUUGGGCAAAGGGCUGAUACUGACUCUAUGAUCGCUGCGGCCAAGGGUGGUCACGAUGAAGUUCUGUCUCUUCUACUUGGGAUGGGCGAUGCCAACCCCGAUCCAGACCCGGUACAAAGCGGCACCCAGAAACCAGGAUACAAUACUCCCAUGUUGGCAGCAAUUGGCCGAGGAAACCUUCCUGUCAUCAAACUUCUACUUGCUCAGCCCAGCUUCAACCCAGCCCGCCGACUGUACAAGGACCGUACCUACUUUGAGCUAUCCCGGGAACGCAGAGCCGAUAAUUGGGAGGAAGAAUGCAACCUUCUCCGUGAUGCCUACGACGACUAUAUUCGAAGCAAGAAGCAGCGCAAAGGCGACUUUUCAUCUCCGCGACGAAUCCGGGAUAAGGAGAAGGAAAACAAACGGCCCGGACGCAGAGAAUCACCGUCACCUGGAGGUCGGCCUAGGAAAUUGGUUGGAAGCCCAGGCCGCCGGGAUUCAUCCAAGGAUGCAUUGUCGAAAGAGCGCAGGAGGGAAGCUCUGGUGCACGCCAAGGAGAAGACCGGUAUAGCCCGUCCCAAGGUUGCUCACAUCGUUACGACGGACCAUGAUGUGCCACGCUCUGAGCCAGGCCGGUUCAAGGCUGGUUCGACGAGAGAUGCAGAGUCUGGCCGUGGAGACGAGGCUCCUAAGCGAAGGCGAUUAAUCGCUGGACGGCCACCGGACCGCGAAAAGAAAGUGCCCAGCUUGCCUUUAUCUGACCCGAUGUCAGGAAAAGAUGACAACGUGAAGAUGCGCACCGAUCAUUCCGAAUCAGCAACCCCCAAACCUGGACAACAGCACCUGAAGCGUGGACGCAGCAGUGUGAGUCCCGAACGGCCCCGAUCUCGAGAUACCGACGCGGAGCGGCAUUCCCGCGAGGUCCACAAGAAGAAACGACGGGUAUUGUCGGAAGAUGGGACACCAAACAUCACCAAUGGAAGCGCCAAAAAGAACCAGCCAGUUCCUGAAGACCUCAAGGCUUCUUCCCGUCACAGGGAUGACAAUCAUGUUGCCGAGGCUAGACAGGAUCAUUCGCGAGAACCAGAUGUUAUACCGAAGAUGGCUGAACGAAACCCCGUGAAAGAGGAGCAAGAGAAGCACGAAACCCAUGAUCUCGAAGAUAUCCCGAUGGAGGACCCGGUCAGUACCGCGGAAGCUGAGGCUGAGGCGCGUCGGCAAAAGGAAGCCCAGAAGGAAGCCCAGAAGGAAGCCCAGAAGGAAGCCCAGAGGGAAGCCCAAAGGGAGGCCCAAAGGGAGGCUCAAAGGGAGGCCCAGAGGGAAGCCCAGAGGGAGGCCCAGAAAGCUGCAGAGGAGCGAAAGGCAGAGGAGGAACGUCUCGCAGCGGAGGCCGAGAAAGCCCGGCUGGAGGAAGAAGAGCGGGUGGCGCGGGCGGCUCGCCUUGCUCAGGAGAAGGCCGAGGAGGAGCUCAAGCGUAAAGAGGCGGAGCAACGGCGGAUCAAGCAAGCCGAGGACGAGCGCCUGAGGCGCCUCGAGCAGGAAAGACAGCGACUUGCCAAACUGCGCAGGGAGCAGGAAGAGCAAGAACAACGCCGAAGAGACGCUCUCCCCAGUCGACUACGAGCUGCAGCCUACUUAGUGGGUUCAAGCGAUCCGCAGGCGAAGAGUCAUUUAUGGCUCAAGAAGUUCAUGCCUGUAGUCACGGCCGAAACCAAACAACUCGACCCGUCCUGUGGCGUGGAUGUGGCUGAAGAGAAAUGGGUUCCAAACUACUUAGUGGCACCAUUGUUGGCGACGAACGACCUUCAGUUAACUCAAUAUGCCAGCUGGGAGAAGCGUAAUGCGACUCCCACGCAGCGGAUGAACCUGUGGCGUGUCACUCGGAGGAUGCUGGUUCAAGCGGAUGAGACGGAGUUUCUCAAUUCCUCCUUUGGACAGAUCAUGCAAAAGGAUAGCGAAGCGCGGCCCAGAUACUUCGACAUGGAGCAUGUAUUCUGGGUUAAGCUGUCCGAUUUCUUGGAUCUUGUUCCUCACAUCUCGCACCUUCAUGGGUUGGACCUGCAGUUUCUGAAGAUGCACAUUGACCAGGAGCCGCAAACGCAGCCAGUGCUUGAAUUGCCGCAGGCUAAUGGACAUCUCCCCGACACGCAUAUUGAGGACGCGUCCGGGCUUUUGGGAGGAAAAGGGCUAACUAAUGGGUACGGACACGACCGGCCUAGUACAUACGUCUAAUUGUGGUUCUGCUUCAGCGAUUGUUUAGCUUUACGCUAGCCUGUACAGGGUGAAUUCUUGAUGUAUGACUAUGAUACCUGAUGUGUGAUGUUUGGAUAGAGUGG